GCACUUCGUCAGGGGGAGUGAUCGAAGAAUGACUUGCUAAACGAACGCUAAGACCAGACAAACCCUAAAGCCUUUUUCCCGUAGGCCUCUAUGCCUCAUAGUCCACCAGUGACCAUUGGCGAUAAAGUUCUUUCGAUGCUUUUCGAGUUUCCUGCGAAGCCAGGUUGCAAGAGAAUUGAGCCCACCACCACCUAGAACACGCGAUUGCCCAUUCAAUGCAGAGAAGAGGCGGCUCCGAGCUAGCCGGUCUGUCCUUGGCACUUUAUUGUUUGAACUAUUUGUACCGGCUUCGCCUUUGGAACGUCUAAGGACCUUCUUGGAAAUAGCUAUUUUACCAACAUUUUGUGAUUCACUGCGCCUCAAGUUCUACGGGAGUUUAUCGAACGGCGAGGCGCAAGAGCUUCCGAUGUCCAAUCCAGGCAACACAGCGGCUUGCCCUACAGCAACAGCCUUUUUCCAUAUGAGCAGGUUUCACAUAGAGCUACCUGCUCUGCUUGUUAUUUGUGGCUUUUCCCGGCUUGUUCUGCUUUGUAGGCUAAAUGCCGUGGAAUCGUGGCUCGUUUUUUCAACGCCAUUUCUCCUUCACGUUGGGAUCGGCUGAGGCUUUCGACUGAUACAACUAUCACGAGUGUUUUUUUCCCACUACAAUACGACGUUUGACUGCAAGGCGAGACAAAUCAAAACUCUGUCAGAGCGGCAAAUGUUCGCUGGUUGGGGUUUCGGAUUAAGCAGAAUGCCUACGAUCGAAGUUCAGUUCGGAUCAUACAACGACCUCAUUGUCUCACGGCUUCUUUAAGUAACAUGGUGGUAACGGAGAACGAAGAGGCCGACCGCAGUCGGAGUCUGGCUGCGGCCCACGACUCUUCGGGAACGUCAGACCAUUCUGACGAAGAUACGCGGAACCCUGGCGUUCCGUCAACCGAUUGCACAUUUGGUCAAGAUUCACACGUUCACAUUCUGGACAAAGAAACGUUAGCUUCCUGCAAUCUGAACAAUCAGGGGCUCUGCUUGGCAGGAAUCGAACCCGUGGACACGCCCCCUUCUCAUGAGUCGGAACUCUCUCCUACUUCUUCCAUUGCAUCGGAUAAGUCUCCAGACUGUCUAUAUCCUGAACACGGAAGGAUUGGGACUGACGAUUUGCUGAAGGAAACGGACGCAUCCAGCAGUCCCAUCCAAACUUUUCAUUCAUUGACAGACGCUGACGGAAGGUCUAGUGAUGGGCAGAAGGAUGCCGGGUUUUGUGGUUGUACAGAGGAUUCAGCGAACUGGGAAUGUUGGAAAAGGGAGGUCGGUAUCGAGACCUCUGGCCGGCAGGAUGUUACUGCGGGAAAAACAAGGUUGCCUGCCUCGUCAACAGGAGAUCCACUAUACAUCCAAGUUUUCCACGAGGGGACAACAAAUGCAGAUUCUUUCGUUGGCUGCCCUCCGGAGGAACGUGAUGCCUUAACUGGCAUCGAGCAAGUAGAAAUGCCAGCUGCCCGUGGCAUGGAAGAAAGCAGCGCUGUUUCAUCUGAAGAUGAGUCAAUUGUGAUUCUCUCGAGUGAUAUGGACAGCGGAGAUGAUACAUUUGAGGAGCUCUUUGUAGAUCGCAACGACCCCACCGACGCCUUUGACGGUAUUACAGGCGACGAAGGAUAUGGUGUCCUACUGGGGACAGAAUCACCAGACGGUGGAGCUGUCAGUGAAGGCGAGAGCGUGGACCCUGAGUAUCUCGACGAAGAAAACAGUGAUUCAGAAGCUCAAGAUUCUUUACAUCACCCUCCCCGCCCAUCUCCACAACUGUCUCUGGAAGUGUUGCUACCCAUUAGCAACUUAGAUGGUGGGGAACACCGUUCAAAUUUCGAGCGCCGCCGCCUGCUUCCUCCUCUGUCUGCUACUACGCUCACACCACCCUCACGAGGCUCUUCUUUUCCUGUUGCCAGUUGGCCGGUUUCCACUCUCAUGUCUCCUUCUGACUACCCUGCUGCUUUUUCUAUUCCUUCCUUGCCCGCCGGUGCAGACUCAUCAGUUCCUAGCGUCCUAGACUCGCGGUGCGCUGUAGAAUCGCAGUUAGAACUAGCGCUGGGCUCUUUAUCCAUGUACUCUUCUUGUUCGUUGCCUAUUCGCCUAAGGGGUUCGUCCCACACUUUGAUAAGUUUCACACGUGAAGAGUCUCCUCUGUGCCAGACGGGAGGACCGUUGCUGGCCAGUGAUAUGGGAGAGACAGAAGAAUCGAAAGCGGAUUCCGCGGCCUGUUUCAAGAGACUGUCCUCUCCCGACUCCGCGCAGACGGGACCCGAAAGGGGGGCAUCUUGUGGAUACCUCAGUGAACGAGACAGCUUUCCUAGCGAGGCGCAAGAGAUGGGUAUGUGCUCCCUCGAUGCUGCGUCGUCCCCCUUUGCGGUCGCGGUAUGUGACGAGACGACACCGCUACUAGCGGAUGCUUCAAGACAAGCUAGCAGAUGCGACGCUUGUCUGCCCGAUUCACCACGCUGUCCUCUGACUCUGUCUGCCCAUGGCAGAGUGGUAGGUACGUCCAUUCACGCUGAGAGUCUCGACAACAGAGACAUCGUAUGUGUAUCUUCUUCUCGCUACUCCUCCUUACCGACAAGCAUUCGGGACGAGGAAGAGAAUCGUGCGAUUUUUUCAUACAUUGACACCCCCGAAUCAAUCGAGGUGGGCAGGGGCCAUGGAAUCAUCCCAGCGAAAUGCACAGGGCAAAGUCAAAGGCAGCAACGCACAAGACAAGGAUCAUCCCCAGGGUUAACCGAUUGGUUCUCGUGGAAUGACUCCGGCCUCACCUGUGCGAAGAAGCAACCGGAUGCACACGACAGAACUAACCUCGAAUUCGCGCUGUGGAAGCUAUCUGAGGGCGUGGGACAUAGUGAAGCUGUAGAGGAAACUGACGAGAGGGGGAGGGACGGACAGGAUACCGUGAAUGUGACCGAGGAAGGAAAGGACUCACUGGAAGACGAGGGUUUUUUCCAGAUGCCGUCUGGGGAAGGAAGAGAACAGCCUGGGUAUCGCGACGAGGAACUACUUUUACGACACAACGCUCAACAGUGUGCAGGACACGAGGAAGAAAAUGUAGCGGACAGAGACCACGUAGAGUGGGACGACAAGAAAUAUGGACACACUUUGCUGGACGACGGGUGGGCCGGACUGCCGGCCGGCGACGAACGGCUCUGCCAGACUUUCUUGAAAGGAGGAAAAGAAACGAGACGUGGAAAGACGGGGACGGCAGCACAACAUGCGAAGAAGUCAAAAAAUCAGAGAGAAGAACAACACGAGCAGUCUUUUCGCAGUGUUGAGACGGAGGACUUUCUUGAAGACGAUGUUUUGGAAAAUCUGUCUGGAGCGCGGCAUAAUAACGGAGACUCCGAACCACCACACAGUGCCGCAGAUGGAAAGCAGAGUUCUUCGGGGAUAGGAUGUCAUAGCCAACAUAAAACUGAAGCUGUUAACAAGAUGCCGCCGCACGCAGAAGAGUUCGAAUUAUCCAGCCGCAUCGAUGGGGAUAGAUCCGCAAUGUCCCCUGACAGACGACAGGAGAAUACUGAUCUACGUCAAGGUCCAGACGGUGAUGAGGAUAACCUGCACGGCAGCAGCAAGAAAGCACGCAAAAGGAGAUGGAGUAUGUCGGUGAGCAGUGGACAAGCGCCACCUCGGAGAAAAAGGGAGAGGAAACGAGACAAAGAUGCCUGUGCAUCUAUGCCUUCAGUUGGAGACAAACGUUUGCCUGGAAUUAUGGCACCGGACACUCAGGACAGUUCGAAGAUUCAUGAGGACGCUCGUGAGUCCUCUUCGACUUCCAUUUCCCCAUCCUACUGCGAGGUUAGGCAAGAUGAUAAUGAAGAGAAGAUAGGGAAGGAUAACGAUGUAUAUAAGCAAGCUCGAGUUCCCGAUAAGUCCAGGGAAACUCGAAAAAGAGUUUCUUUCUUUGAGGGUGCACCUGCGUGCACAGCGUGUAUCGCGUCCUUGUUUUCAGCUGAACACAGUAACGAAUAUCUGCUCAAUCAACUGCCGUCGGUGUCCACAAAUAAUACGCCAGACCGCUUACUCCAAACGAGAUUCUCGGACGAAAUGUCUGGCCAUCGUUUGUCCAGUCGACAGAAACUGAGUAAGAGCCGAGAAACGGCUGGAGGCGAACAGAAGACAAAGCGGGCCGAGGAGAGCCCAACGAGUGAGACUAAAGAGAGCAUCGUCAUGGAGAGGGGAAAGCAAAGUGAAGGGAAGAUGGAAAACAACACAGAGCGAGAGGACGCAAUGCUCCAAGAAGAACGACAGCGAACAAACGAAGAGGAGCGACUUCAAGAUGCUUGCCCGAUGCAUUUUGCCUGUGCCGAGCUACCUAAGCAAGAAUGUUUAGCUGCACAAGGGAAUGACGAAGACACCGUAAAUCAGGGCUUCUGCAGUGAAGAUUCCUCAGUGGAGCAUGCAAUAAGCGUUGCAGAAUUGAAAACUGCAAAGGAAGCGACAAAGGGAAACGAACGUAUGCGACUCUGGACACAGUGGACAGAGGAAGAUGAAGACGACUUCGGUGACUGCAAGUGGCGAGAGAAGGAAAUGGAAGAAGUUGAAGGCUACACAGCAAAAAAUACGAGAAACACGUCAGCCGACAGAGGCUCGAUUCACGUCAUUUUGGAGGGCACGAACGAUCCUGAAAGCUAUAAAGGAGUUGGCGUCGGACUGCUGGAUUCUUUGGGGGCGUCUGGGACCCUCCCCCUCUUAGCAGAGCAGAGCGACGCAGCGCCGACGGACGCGGGAACAGAGACAGAGGUGAGGGGUAGGAAAGAAGAAAGAGGUGCACCUGACCAACAAGAGAAACGGCAGGAGCAAUUGCUUUUUCCGCACCACAAGUCUGCCCGUUGGAAGAGUUUGCCUCUCCCCAUUGAAGGAACCACAGGAAGCGACAGACUCGGAAGUGGUGAGCAGAUACUCUUACGAAGAAGCAUCUCCGACGAGGGAACCACAACGAGACACGCACACAACGAGCCUGGUUUUCACCUCAUGAGAACGGACCUCAGAACUGCUUUGCAGACUUCCGGACGACCUUUCGGAAGUUCGGAGGCUAAGGGGGUCCAUGCAUCAGGAAGAUUUGCUGGAACCUGCUUCGCGAGAGACAGCCAAGUCGAGCGUUUCACACUAGACCUUCAGGUGAAUCACGAUAACCAUGAGUCGUCUUGUUUAGCUCGACCUACCCAGCCUUCCCAUGAUAACGGUAUCGCCAUCAAUGAUUCGCAUGAUCCGGCUUGCCCUUCGGAGGCUCCAGAAAGUGUUACAAUCCCCCAACUCUGCACAGGAACACGAAACAUGUCUCUUGCCAUCGAAGAGAAGCAGAACUGCACAAAUCAAAACCGAGACGGGAGUGAGAUUCGGGAACUGGGCGACAGAGAUGAGGAAGCUGAAGCAAUACGUGCCGAUGGUGCACUGGCACCAGCCGCUUCGCUGCUGACCCCCGAAGGUUGCAAGGAAACAAACGGACAGGAGGCAAAUCUUUCUUCUUUUCUCGCCGGUUCCUCUUCUUCAUAUCUAUCUCCAUCUACACGUGUCUCUAGAGACGGUCUAUCCGAGAUAUCAGCCGAGAAGAACAGCGAUUGCAACAAAAAAAGCGAGGGAAAGACAGGGCUUAAAAAAGAAGAACGCAUGGGAAAUCGCAACGUGGAUGACUCACAGGGGAAAGAAGAGCCGGAGAGAGUAGUUACGCGGACAGAACAGGAUGGGGCAGCAGGCCUAACCUCAGACGAGAAAGGAGAGAAGGACAAGCAUGACGAAGUGACUGCAACGCCGAGCGUGGACGAGGACUUCCCUCUUUUAUCAACGGCACAUUCACAAGGUAGAAAAAAGAAUGGAGCGCGGAGACAGGCAAAUGGGGAGGAUAAAAAGAGGCAGUCUCCUACGCUUUUUGAAAAUAACAGGAGUAAACAAACCACUGAGGGAAACAGGAAGCCGUUGCUGGCACCUAGGUCGUCAUCAGAUUUCGUAGCUUCUUCACAGGGUCACGCUGGAAGCGUUUCGACUAAGACAGAACAUCAGGGGGAGCAAGAAAGACCAAAGGCAGAACCAAAGGAGGAAGGAGACAAAGAGAAAAUAGGGGAUGAGGACGCGCGAGCAGAGGCACUGCAGCAAGGCACAUGCGACGGUAGUUCAGAAGGGAAAACUCGAGUUAUCACGGAUGUCCCUCUGUCGCCAUAUACUCGUAGUAUGCAGAUAGAACCGAAGCAAGCGAAUGCGGGAGACUCGGAAAUGUGGUCGGCCAACAAAAGGGAAAGAGAAAAACUCACACGGGAGGCCACGGGAGAAGUCGCACAGGGAAGCGUGGCAACCGACGAAAAUGCAGCAGAAACAGUUGUACAGCAAGCACGUAGAAAUGGUGCAUAUCAGGAGCGUUGGGGCGAGGCAAUUCAAGACAGCGAAAAUCGCAACGUCGCAGAUUUUGAAAAGAAACUAGAGGUUCAGGCGCUCCCCUAUGACCAGGAAGAAACCAAGCAACUCCGGCAGGUAGGAGCUUCAGACAGUAGUGAUGGCGAGACUGACGUGCUGACCAAGGAGAGCGUGCUUCAGAUGUGGCUAAGAGGUGAGAAUGCCCGCGGCAGAAAAACGACAGAAGACCGAAACAGAGGACAGUGCGAUGAUCAAAACGGGAGUGACGAUGGCGACGAAGGAACCGAGACUACAGAAAUAAAGGAACUCGAUGGAAGCAAAGCCAGGAGUGGGAAAACCGAAGAGACAGAGAACAUGCGGCAGGCGGAAGACCAUAAAAUGAACAUUCAACACAAACAGGGAAGAAGAAGGCGAGGCCAACGCAGACGCGAGCACCAGGAGAACCGAAGACAGAGGAAGCAGACUCAGCUGCAGGAAGAGAGGCUGAAGGAAGUGGUAGAUGCACAGGCAGGGAAAGCGAAGAUGGAUGAACAGGAAAGAAAAGCAAGGGACGUGGAGGAAGAGAGAAAGGAUCAGGACCUCCGCGUGCGGCACGUGGACGAAGGCGCUCACCUGAAGAAGGCAGACAAUCGGCACAACGGCACAGACCUCAAAAGAGAGCACAAUGAAACGAGGCAAAAAGAAAGCAAUUCGGAGCGCCACAGGUCCACCUUGACGGGAGACACACCACAUACGCCAGACUUCGUGUCUUGUGCCUCGUCUGGAGUUCGAUCUUCAGUUUUACCUUCGUCGCUUCAGACAGCAGGCUCCCCUCCCUCCUCAAUCUGCUUGGAUCCGGCGGCCUCUGUUGGGCGACAGGCAACGAAAAACAUUGGUGGGAAAAGGAAGCAGGCACUUUGCCACCACAAGACUCCCCAGCCUUCCUCUUCUUCCUCGUUUUUCCACCAACACUCAGGGGAGGGGUCCCGGGGCCGGGGAGAAGAAAUCAGACGCUUGCUUGCAGAAGAUGGAGAAAGGAAAGGGAGAUCUCAGCAACUGUCAAAGUGGACAGUUUGGGCUGUUCUCCUUCUGGUAUGGUCGUGGGGUCGACCUGUGUCGGUGCAGAACUACAUCUAAGAGAAGAACCGAUCAGGGCCUGCCUCCUUGAGCACCCGGAUCCAGCAAAAAAACACAGCUGCGCGGUCUUCACGUAUUUUCCUCUGCUUUGUUCUUCUCUCUAGCUGUUCACGUGUGGUCACGCGGCGCGGAUGACAACAAGUUGCUUGCACGGUCAAACAGGACGUUUUUUUCUUCUCGUGUUGAAGACUCAAGUGAGCUUUUCGAGACGGGCUUCAGAGUUUUCUGUCUGUCUCUAUACACUAUAUCUGAAAGGAAGGACGUGCUUGUUUGUAGACUACGACCAAAGCAACUGUUUUCCGCAAUGAGUCCAGUGGGAAUAGACUUUUGUUUUUAGCGAGUUUUGUCAUCUGAGGGGCCACGAGCGCCCCGAGGAGGGGCAGUCCGUCGGUAGUACUCAAGGAGGCCUAUUCAUCUGCAUCGCAUGCUUUAAGAUUUUUCGCGACAGAAGUCGAAAGAUACGCUCGAUUCAACUUCUAUGUGACACCGGGACGCGAGUUCCUCUCGAAAACUGCCUGCAUCAUUUUACAAACAUUCUUCGUACAGCGUGAACUCCAGAAACGAUACAGACGACAAGAAAGACAUGGCCUUCUUCGUUGACAGCUGAUUCCCUACGUGCAGAGAAGCCAAAAGCAGAGAAGAGAGGAGCUAGAUGAAAAAUGGUGUUUCAAGAAGGGAAGAAAAAGAACAGAACCAUGUGUCGUUUCUCUAAAGAAGAUACUUAGGAAGGUUGCCCAUUGUCUUCAACAGUAUGCGCUUUGGAUCAUUUCAGGUGUUAUUUGCUGUGUUUGGGAUUGCGUCUCGCUGACAUACCCUUUUCUUCUCGGCUCUCUCUACUCGUUUUUCUCCUUUUGUGAACAUCGCGAUACACAAGAGACUAUAGCCGAUAAAGCGAUCCGGCUUGAAGCGGCACCCGUGAUCUUUAUUGAACUAUCUUGGCGUUGUCCGGGAAUCACGAGCAGAGGACGUUUUAUUCUCGUGUGGCCAGCAGCUGCACCUCCUCGAAGCUAAGUUCUCUCGUUCGAGUCAUUCGUUCUUCCCUUCUCUCAAAUGCCUGUUUUUUCGG